GGUGCAGACUUUACCUGAGCACAGCUCAAACUGGAGUGUUACACUUGAACAGCACAACUUUGCUCCUGGCACAUUUUAAAAGAAAACUCAUCAGGAUGGAGAGGAUGAUUAUUUUCUGCAUGCUUUUCUUCUGCUCCACUGUGAUGCUGACUGAAGCUUCACCCAGAACAGUAAAAUACAAACAGAUUCAAAAGAAAAUUGACGACUUACAAAGUAUGGUGAAAGAUAAGGAUGCUGAAUUGCUGCACACACCAGAAAACUUUGUGGAGGGAUGCCUGUCCACAGCUGUGACCUGCUUCAAGAAGGGCGUCCAGAAAUUACAACCAGCGAGCAGCCAGGAUAACGGGGCAUUCCACAAAGCCAUUAGAAUCGUGAACAAAUUAACCUACAGAGACUCUGGAGAGCACUGCGAGUCUUAUGAGAAGAAAACAUGUGAAUCUUAUGAGAAGAAAACCCCCAAAGAAUUUUUGAAGGGCUUUGAAAAUCUUAUGCAAAUGCUAUACAAGAACUAA